CCCCUCCCUCCCUCUCUUCCUCGCCUCCUUCCGCGCGGAGGGACGGACGGUGGGAUGGGGAGAGAAGUUUGCCUGCGGCGCGCUUCGCUCAACAUUAAACUGUAUUUCAUAUUAGGGGGAAACAGCAACAAGAGGAGCCCUGCGGAGAAAGCUUUCCAGGGAAUGCUGAGGGAAUAUCCGAAAGCUUAGACACAAACGCCAUUCACAGCUGACCCUCUUUCUUCACUCUUUCGAUUAAAUAUAAACCAAGACAAACCAUUAAUGUCGCCGAACUAAAAAGGUAGAGGCUCGGGUCCAGUCGGAGGGUGCUUUCUAAUUUAAUUUGUGGAGGAAGAAGAAGAAGACGGGCAAAGCGAAACAACAACAACAAAAAAAAAAAAGACGACCUUCCGAGUGAGGAAAAAAAAACAAAGAGUCCGACUCAGAAUGAAUAACAACAAAAUAGAGAAGGAAAACGAGCAGAGUGAAUUCACCAACCACGAAGAGGAGGUCCGAACACUAUUCGUCAGUGGGCUACCGCUGGAUAUCAAACCACGGGAGCUGUACCUCCUCUUCAGACCAUUUAAGGGCUACGAAGGAUCCUUGAUAAAACUCACUUCUAAACAGCCGGUGGGGUUUGUCAGCUUUGACAGCCGAUCAGAGGCAGAGGCUGCUAAGAAUGCGUUGAACGGGGUCCGUUUUGAUCCAGAGAUCCCCCAAACUCUGCGGCUGGAGUUUGCCAAGGCAAACACCAAGAUGGCCAAAAACAAGCUGGUCGGCACGCCCAACCCCCCUCCGUCCCAACAAAGCCCCGGUCCACAGUUCAUUAGCAGAGACCCAUAUGAGCUCACAGUGCCUGCUCUAUAUCCCAGCAGCCCAGAUGUGUGGGCGUCAUACCCGCUGUACCCGGCAGAGCUGUCGCCGGCCCUUCCACCCGCUUUCACCUACCCCUCCUCGCUCCAUGCUCAGAUUCGUUGGCUCCCACCUGCAGAUGGAACUCCUCAGGGAUGGAAGUCCAGACAGUUCUGCUGAAGUAUGUGUUCCUGAUGUGUGAUGGUGGCCGUGGCCGGCUGUGACGGACGUUGCUGUUUGCUUCUUCUAUUAGAAACUAGGAGGACUGACCUGAUUCCAGAUCCUGCCGCGACGCACCGUCGACAGCUGCAGCCUUAAGGGCUUCAGGACAUACUAGACCCCAGCCUCCAUCGCACAUCAAGCCCCAAUGCCGGACCCCUUCCAGAAGUCUUUGCAACUUGUUUUUUUUAUACUGUUACAUACUCGAGCUUUGCAGGCAGCGCUAUGGCUACACCUCCUCUGAAACGUAAGAUGGAAACACCCCUUGUUUACCGAUGGCUCUGCGUUGAGCAUAUGCAAACGUAUGGAAAAACAACAGGAGGGGAUCCAUGGAAGUGUAGCUAAAGUGCUAAAGAGUACUGUUAUAAUACUAGAAUUAUUACUAUUCUGCAUAUCAUUCAUAUCAAUGUUAUUAUGAUAAAUACAUGUCGAAGCAUGACUUUGCAAAAAAAAAUUAGAAAAAUACAACAAUGCUGUACAUUUUUAGAUAUUUUAAAGAAAUACAAAAAAGUAUUUUUGUAAUCAAGACGAUGUUGAAAUGUUUUGAUCCUUUCAUGUUGUGUAUGAGAAAUUGUCAUACCUUUAUUAUUAUUAUUAUUAUUUUUCUUUGCCUUUUUAUGUUUUGUGCCAUUUAUCAAAUAACAAGUCGCUGUUCCAUGCCAAGGCAGUGAUGAGUUUGCCUCAGUGUCUUUUUUACACAAAUCAGUGGAUUUCGGUUCGCUCUUUUUUUUUUGUAUUGGAGUGAGGUAUAUCAGAGCCCUUUUUUUUGCCCUUUAGGGUGUCAUAAUCAGAUCUGCUAAAAGAGGCAUCGACAAGGUUAAAGCCAUCGCCAGUGAAAGUAAAAAGUGACCCCAGAGAUGGCAGAGAUUGCCAAACACAACUCCACUAUUAUUAGAAAUAUGCUCCUUCAUUUUCUAGUAAGAGGACAACAGCCAAGUACAGAGAAACAAAAGACCAAAGGCAUUUAUUUUAGUUUUUUUACACUGGUGUGCUAUUUAGAAUUCAAUUUCUGACUGCUUUGUAGUCCUCGGUCUGAUUUCCUUAUGAAGUACGACAUUAUUUUUGCUGCAUGUCCCUUUUGGUGUCACUCCAAAGAGUCCUUCAGCAUCUGAAAGAAUUUUCACUUUAAGCGAUUUGUCACUUAUGUCUAUUUUUAGGAAGCCUGUGUGAUUUGACUAACUUUUGUCGUUUUUGAAUUUGCAUAUUAAUGAUGGGGGGGGGGGGGGUAAUAAUCAUUUCUAAUCUGGUGUCUUUCUGCAAUAACAUCGGCUGUACGACAUAUCAUGGACUGAUCAUGUUUCUGUGACAUUUUUAAUGGCAAAAUUAUAAUCCCUGUCCCAUUUGUAGAAAAAUUUUAACUCUUGUACUCAGUUCUAGUACUUUUAUGAUAAAGUCACAUGUCAUAUUGAUGUGGCGAUAAAGAAAAAACUCUGAAAUGCUGUAAGAAAUAAACAAUACUCCUUGUCAUCUUUACCCCAGAUGUGUAAAACCAUCUUGAAAUAGUUGAAUCAUGUGCAUUCAUCAGUGUUUCUUCAUGUUGAAUAAUAAUAUGCAUCACAUAAAGGUGGAACAUAUCACCUGAGUACAUGAAGACUUUUUUUUUUCUUUUACAAUUUUAAACCAAGUGUAGAGUCAAAUUUAUUAGAACAAGUAUUUAUACAAAAAGGUGUGCGUGUGUUUUUAAAAGUUUUUUUUUCUUUUCAAAGAUCAUAGAGGAUGCCUAUUGUUUAAUUCACUGUAAGUAUUAUUGUAAGUUCAAUUGUAUAAUCAUUUGAUAAUUUUUCUAGAGCGUCUUUUGGUUUGUAGCUGUCCAAUUGGAACAGUGUGUUUGAUAUGUGAAUACUGCUAUAAUUCACUGUGAAAGUCAGAGAACAAGUAGAUCUUUUCAUGUUUUUCCAGCCUUAUGGUACAAAAAUUCCUGGAAGUUGAUGAGACGAUCCCUCUGUUUGUUGAUGAAAGAUAUUCCUUUGCUUGGUUCAGUGUGUAACUGUGUGUUGUGCAUGUUCACGGCAUGUGUUUGUUCUUUUUCUUAAUACAUGCAGUGCUGUUGAUAUUUAUGUACUUUAGCCGCCGUGAGGAGGAAAUCGACCUCAGUGGGUUGCAGAUGUUUGUUGGUUUGAAACAAAAAAAAAAAAAGAUGAUCAAAUGGAGUUGUUUUUAUGAAUAUGUUAAAUGAAGACAUGUUGGUUCAUCUGCCAUUAAAGAUUGACAUUAAAACUGC